AUGUCUGCGGACAAGAUAUCUGCCCAUCCACAAUAUAUUCCUGCCCUUCCAACAAUGUCUCAGGAAAGGUUCGAGAUUUCCGCCCAAACCAGCAAAAUCCCCGAAUUCACAUCCCUACACGGUCCUAAUAAUCAUGCUCACUCUCCCGAGAUUCAUCAUCGCUUUCCAGGCACCAACCACUCGAUGAACUCGCUCCCGACCAUAACUACUCAAGGCUGCCCCCAUGAGCACAAUGUCCAUCCAAUAAGCUCCCAGGUCACCUCCAUCGGCCGCAUGGGCAUGGUGGGUGAGCAAUUCGGCGCAUACGGCCCUCUUGCCUCCAUCCACGUUCACCAGCGUUCGACAAGCCUGGUGAUCCCGACCAACAGCAUCCGCCGCAAGAGGAACAAUGGGGACCUCAAAGAGACAUUCCGCAUCCCCUUCAUGUUCGUGGAGGGCAGUGGCGGUGGCAGCUUACGAGAUAUUCCGGAUCGACCAGCGACCCCCGAACCACGAAGAGCUCGCUCCUUCCUGCUGAAGAGGACUGAGAGCGUCGUUUUCAGUGAGGCCAAAGGAGCUUCAUGGAGUGAUGCGCAGGCCCGUCUCUAUCCGUGGGCUGCUGAGAGUCCUACUACUCCAAAGACCCCCGAGAUGCGCCGUGCGACCAGUACUGCGAGUAUGGAUCCGUUGGAGUUCAUCAAGUGGACGGACGAGCGUAAAGAGGGAACCAAAAGGGUGAGGGCCAAACAGAUUGCGGAGCAUAAAGCGGAAAUGCGUGCUGCGGGUAUCGUGUUUGAGGAUCCAGCUUUAUGUGAGGACGAGGAGAUCCUCUCGCCGUCAAAGAGGGUGAGGCUCUCGAUCGACAACCAGGCGAUGAGCAAUGACGUCGACAUCGUUGACGAGCCAAUGGAAGACGACGACGACGACGAUAACCUCGACGACUACAAUCUAGAGCUUCAAUGCAGCAGCUCCGACUCGGAUGUCGACUUGCCCGACCCAUGUUCCUAUCAGUGGGCAAAGGCCACAGAUGCUGAUGGCGCGGAAGAAUCUCUUGGGCUAGUUAAUUACGAAGGAGAUGAUGAAGAGGAUGAGCUCAUCGAAGAGGAGGAGGAAAACAGUAGUGAGGAGGAGGGUCUAAACGUUGCCGCCGGAUUGAAUGUGUCGGGAGGUAGCGAAAGCUUCAAUGCCGAUGUCAAGGCCAUCGACGAUGGAAGCAACGCCUUGGCUGCUCUCACCUUGACUGACCCUUUGACUUUGGAUCCACGCUCAAUUAACAAUAACGUCUUCAGUGCUGCCAAUGACGCAUGGUUGCUAAAGAUGGUGCCGUUAUUUCAAGAAAAGCAUGAAGGCAUGGAGGCAUGGGUCGAGAUCCAAAAGGAGUUCUUCAUGGUGUCCUACAGCGUGGUGACUAUUCCCUGUCUCCAAGGACGCUAUGUUCUACUCCAAAAUGGAUCUCCUUUGAUACAGAGGAGCCGGGCGCAGCAAGAGUAA